AUGCUGAAAGCCUGCAUCUGCUGCUUGUGGUGCCUGACGAAGUGUCUAACAUACCUUAAUCAAAAUGCGUACACGGCGACAGAUAUCAACAUCACCAGUUUCUGUAAGUCGACACGUGACCUACGACACGUCUUCGUCAUCCUAGUAGAGAAUGUCUUCAGAGUGGCCACCAUCAACACCAUGGGCGACUUUGUCCUCUUCCUGGGAAAGGUACUGAUCGUCUCUUGCACGGCGUUCGCCGUUGUGUUGGCACUCAACUACCAGCGGGACUACACGGUGUGGGUGCUGCCCCUGCUCAUCUUCUGCCUGUUCUUCUGGCUGGUGGCCCACUGCUUCCUGUCUGUCUUUGAGAUUGUGGUGGACGUGCUCUUCCUCUGCUUCGCCGUGGACACCAAGCACAACGAUGGCAGCCCCGGCCGAGAGUUCUACAUGGACAAAGCCCUCAUGGUGAGGGGAAGGGAGGCUGGGAAUACAUCUGGCCCUGACCCCAUCCUAUCCUCUACGAUGCAUCUGGCCCACUACAACCUGGGCAUCGUGGCCAAAGUCUCCUUUAUCAUCACCCUGGUGGAGAUCCCUGGCCUUAUCCUCACCUACAUCCACAACCAGCUCAAAAGAAAAGUAUGCAUUUUAUUAGAUUCACUGUCAUAG